AUGGGUUUCCGCGAAGGUAAUCUAGGGGCUCUCGGUCACGGGAUCCGUCAUCGCACGACUAUUACUACUUGUUUGUUGAUGGCAGUAUUCUUUGUCUGCUACACAAAUCGAGAGUUUCUCCGCUUUCCAGUUGAACAUGAAUUAUCUACCGCUUUGGAUGAUCACCCGCCGAACACCCUGAAGCUUAGCGAUGUUCAGGGGGUUUCUACCGUUUCGGGAGAUCACCCUGCGAACAGCCUGACCCUCAGCGAUGCCCAAUGCACCGCACUGUUCCCUCACGCCUUCGACGAGAUCGAACUUGCUCUAUCACGGGGUCCAGUCAAGCGAAGCCUUGACAAGAUUACAAACGGCCACGUCCGCGCCCGCAUAUACAACGGCGCCUUAUACCUGACCGACCGCGGCCUCGAUGUAUGGCACCGACAAUCCGCUAUAUUGCAUCAGAUCCAUCGUGCAAUCGUCACCGCGCCGUCCCCUUCAGAACUUCCCAACAUCAAUUUCGAAUUCUCAGUCAACGACCAUCCCAGUGGUGAUGUGUGGUCACUGGCGCGGUCUGACGCCGAUAAACAAGUCCACAACACGUGGCUGAUGCCCGACUUUGGCUUUUGGAGCUGGCCCGAACCGCACAUUGGUUCGCUAGAUGAAGUUCACGACCGCAUCAUCAAGACCGAGGGCAGCAUGACCUGGGAGGAGAAGGAAAGCAAAGCUGUAUGGAGAGGCACUGUCAAAUGGAACAAGGGUCUACGUGGCAAACUGCUGGACGUUGCUUGGGACCGACCCUGGAGCGACGUGCAGCGCCUCAACUGGAGUAGCAAUGCUCUGGCCAUGGAGGACUUUUGCCGAUACAAAUACCUGAUCUACACCGAGGGCGUCACGUACUCGGGACGGCUCCGGUACUUUCAGAUGUGUCGCAGUAUUAUCAUCACACCUGAGCUGAAGUGGCACCAGACCACCUCACCACUCAUUCGGUCCGCCGGCCCAGACCAAAACAUCGUCAUUGUGAAGGAUGACUGGUCCGAUCUGGCCGAGACCAUAGAGUAUCUGGAGGCCAAUCCCGAACAUGCCGAACGUGUAGCGAACAAUACCGUCCGGACGUUCAGAGACUGGUACCUGAGACCCGCCGUCGAGACAUGUUACUGGAGGAAAUUGUUCAGAGCCUGGGCGCAUGUCACGCCGCCAGUCGGGCAAUUAUACCCUGAAGAACGAGGAACGAGGUGGGAGAGUUUCAUUCUCAUGCACAGGUUGCACUGGGGGAAGAAUGCAUGA